AUGAAGAAUGGCGUUAAGUUGAAGAAUAAAGCACCUAUACCACUAUCACAGCUGAGAUUCCCAUUUGCGGAUGCCCCAAGUGUAGUGCAGGCGCAUCAGAAAGAUGAACAAAUUCAAACGCUCUUUAUCUUAAAGGUAACUGAAUUAUGCAAAUUGAUCAAGAACCAACUGUUUGUUAACUCCUAUCCUAGAGAACUGUCUAUUUUUGCCAAGUUACUAUAUUUAUUCUUUACUACAGGAAGACGCGGUAGGACAUUGGGUGAAGAAUAUGUUGACUUGAUAUAUACCAGUAAGAGCGGCAACAAACUAAUAGGUCGGCUAAGAAUGAUGGUAUUCGUUUUCUCUUACUCCUUGUGUCCAUACUUCAUUUCCAAACUAUACAAAAAAAUAGUGAACGAUAAAAAGGAGAACGAAACCGGAGACAAUGAGAGCGUCACGAGGUUUUGUCAGAGCCUUUUAGAUUUCAUCUUAGAUUUGCAUAUGACUCUAUUUUAUUUCAAAGGAGCUUUUUACGACGUUUUUAAAAGAAUCUUUGGCAUGAGGUAUGCCUUCAAGCAUAUAAUGUCGGAAAAUGAAUACAAAUUUAGAAAAGAGGGAUCAAGGACGUACAGAGUUCUUGGUUAUAUUCUAUUAACUCAGAAUAUUAUGAAGUGGUAUCCUAUUUUAAGCUCUAAGCUUGGAUCUUGGAUUUCGGAGAAGAAAAAUACCGGUAAUUCGGAUACCAAGUCAAUCCUUGUAUCACAGGAACGUUCAGAACAUGAUUCUAUAGGAGGAAUACCAAACGAAUCGCAGCUGACUCACAUAAAUCUGUCAGAUAUGAAUCAGCUGCCAUACAUCCCGGAAUCCUCGAGGAAAUGUAUUCUAUGCCUCAUGGACAUGACAGACCCUAGCUGCACGCCCUGUGGGCAUCUAUUCUGUUGGAAUUGUUUAAUGAGUUGGUGUAAAGAGAGACCAGAAUGCCCAUUAUGUAGACAGCAAUGUCAAACACAAGAAAUCUUGGUUCUGCGACAGUAG